AUGCCCAGGGGACAUAAGAGUAAGGCCCGUGCUCGAGAGAAACGCCGCCAGCUCCAAGAUGAGGCCCAGGGGCUCAAGGAUGCUCAAACAAAGGCAGACGAGAAAGAAGAGUCACCCUCCUCCUCUGCUCAUGAUUCUGGAGAUGCUGUUGCAAGCACCUCUGCUGCUAGCUUCCCUCAGAAGUCUAAAUCUCUGGGUGAGGCACCUCCCAUCACUGCUGGUAAACAUGUGGCCCGCAGAAGAUCUGGUAAAGGUGCCAAAGGCCUAAGGGAGCAAAGCGCUAGUUGCUGCUCUAAGGCCCCACAGUCCGCUGAGAGCCUCCAGAAUGUCCUUGUAACAAGGAAGGCGGGAAUGCUGAUGCAGUAUCUGCUCUGCAAGUACAAAAUGAAACAGCCAAUGAAUAAGGGAGAGAUGCUGAAAGUCAUCAACAAAAGAUUCAGGGAGCAGUUCCCUGAGAUCCUCAAGAAAGCCUCUGAGCGCAUACAGCUCGUUUUUGGUCUUGAAGUGAAGCAGCUCAAGCCCAAUGGUAGCUACUACACCCUUGUCAGCAAGUUAGACCCCAGCAUUGGUGGGACUCUGGCCACUGGCUUGCCUUUCCCCCAAAAUGGGCUUCUGAUGCCUCUGCUGGGUGUGAUCUUCUUAAAUGGCAACCGUGCCUCUGAGGUAGAGAUCUGGGAAUUCCUGAAUAUUUUGGGAAUCUAUGAUGGGAAGGUGCACACAAUCUUUGGGGAGCCCCGACACCUCAUCACCAAAGUUUUGGUUAAGGAAAAGUACCUGGAGUACCGGCGGGUGGCAAACAGUGAGCCUCCAGGCUAUGAAUUCCUCUGGGGUCCCCGAGCCUAUGCUGAAACCACCAAAAUGAAAGUCCUGGAGUUUUUAGCCAAGGUCAAUGAGACCGUUCCUCAGUCCUUCCCAUCUCAUUAUGAAGAGGCUUUGAGAGAUGAGGAAGAGAGAGCUGAAGCUGUAGGCAAGUGUGGCACUACUGCCACAAACAAGGCAGAGUCUAAAGUCACACCUGGUGACUCCUCUUGCUCCUAG